AUGCGCUAUUCUUUGUUGGCAGGUACCCUGUUGGGUCUUGAAGCGGCUGCACUGCAAUUGGGACUUCCGACCGCAGGGGAGCUUGCCCAGAAGGUUCAGGCAACUAAAUCUCGCCACUCGGCGCUGAAGAAACGCGACGAUGUGGAUCUUUCUGUCCUGUACCCGCCGCACAAUCUGAGUGUACCCAUUGAUUUCUUCCACAACGACACUCGCUACGAGCCGCAUACCAAUGACACGUUCAAUCUGCGGUAUUGGUUCGAUGCCAGCUAUUACAAACCUGGUGGCCCUGUAUUUGUCCUUCUUGGUGGUGAAACCUACGGAGACGACCGGCUGCCCUUCCUCCAAAAGGGUAUUGUUCACCAAGUCAUUGAAGCAACCAAUGGUCUCGGUGUGAUUCUGGAGCACCGCUACUACGGAGAAAGCUUCCCGUACCCCAGCGUAUCGCUGGAAAACCUUCGUUUCCUGUCCACCGAGCAAGCUCUAGCUGAAGUCGACUAUUUUGCCCGCAACGUCAAGUUCCCGGGUAUUGACGCGGAUCUGACAGCACCAAACACCCCCUGGAUUGCCUACGGUGGCUCUUAUGCCGGUGCUCAAACGGCGUUCUUGCGAGUGGUGUAUCCCGAAACCUUUUGGGGGACAAUUGCCUCGUCCGGUGUCACUGAGGCUAUCUACGACUACUGGGAGUACUUCGAACCGAUCAGGCAAUACGGUCCGCCCGACUGUAUCUCCGCUACCCAGAGCUUUAUCAGCGUGCUGGAUGGUAUUCUGUUGAAGAACAACACUGCCGCGAUCAAGCAGCUCAAAGACGCAUUUGGAUUUGGAGGUGUUACAAACAAUCAAGACUUCGCCAACAUCUUUACCGACAUCUAUGGAUGGCAGUCCACCAACUGGGACCCCGAGGUUAACAGCCCGAGCUUUUACAACUAUUGUACCAACAUUACCGGGUCGCUCAACUUCCCUGAUCUCGAGGCUAACAGAUCCACCGCCGCGAGCCUUGUCGCUGCUGCUGGGAAAGGAAACGACACUGCGACGGUUGAUGCGGUGCUGAAUGCCAUUGGUUGGUACGGUAGGAAGCUCACCAGCCAGAGGUCGUCUGGUCUGACUCAGGACCAGUACUUCACUGCGCUUAACGACACGCAGUGGGAGGACGAUUCUCUCGACGCUGCGAACGCUUACAGGAGCUGGAACUAUCAGGUGUGCACCGAAUGGGGUUACAUCCAAACUGGAAGCGGCGCCCCUGCAGACAUCCAGCCGUUGAUCUCCCGCACUCUGGACCUCGAAUACUUGACGUACUUCUGCCGCGCAAGUUACAACCGCACCGAGCCUCCGGAUGUCGAGAAGGUCAACAAGUACGGUGGCUUCAACACCAGUUACCCUCGCUUGGCACACAUUGGAGGCAACGCGGACCCGUGGAGGCCUGCUACACCUCUGUGGUACCCGGAUGCUAAGAAGGACAGCAUCAAGGAGCCGUGGCUCUUGAUUUCUCAUGGAGUGCAUCACUGGGAGGAGAAUGGUAUCUUCCCCAACGAGACGACGCCGACGCUGCCGCCGUACCCAGUCAUCUAUGCUCAGCAGUAUCUCAAGAACUUCGUCAUCGACUGGCUGAGUGACUGGGAGAAGCCAGGUUACUUUGCCGAACUGUAA